AUGUCCACCCAGGAGUUAGUACCGGAGUGGAUGCACCUGUUGAACUGCAGGUCGGGACUGCAGGUGCGUMGCUCGGGAGACACCAUUUGGGUGGCCUCACAUGUAAGACAUGAGGACCUGGCUAAGGUGGGGGUUAUGGUGGCUGCCAACACUCGAGUGUUGUGGCAUAAGAGUAUGUGCCAGGACUCUGCAGGUUACCCCAAUCUGAGGAAGGACCCUCAACCGUUGGCCAAUCGUGUCGCAGUUUAUGGGAACGCCUCCCUGCUCCUGCCGGCAUUCAGCUACCAAUUCAGUACUGGACUGUCAUUGGAUGUUUACCACGCACUUCAACCGCUGAGGCCCAAUCAGAAGGUGGUAUUCUUCAACCCCAAUUUCAUGCUUAAUCUGGACAGGAAGUGGAAAGGGCAGGGCUUAAAAGAGCCACGCCUCAGCACCGGGCUGAUGCUGGCUAGUGUCGCCAUGGAACUCUGCGAAGAGGUUCAUAUUUACGGUUUCUGGCCCUUCUCUCUGGAUCUAAACCACAAUCCUUUGCCCCAUCAUUACUAUGACAAUGUGGGCCCUAACAAAGGCGUCCACUCCAUGCCUGAUGAGUUCCUACUGCUACUGAAGCUACACACACAGGGAGUGCUGCAACUACACCUGGGACGCUGCUGAACCAACACACGCAAACACUCAUGCACAAAUACACACACACACACACUCCAUCUUUAUUGUUGAGCGUUUUAUUUUGAUUUAAAAAAUAAACAUUUUCUUAAUAUUAGAUUAUCUCUCCCUCUCUCUUGUUCCCWGGCUGGCUUGGCCAGUCUACUGAUGGUGGAGUGUGUAUAUAUUGUGUUUCGGCCAUAUGACAAAACACACAUUUAUCUGUUGCAGGGAUUCACCACCCACCCACUGCACACCUAAGUGUGCACACUGCACACCCACUGCACACCUACCUAAGCACAUUGUGUCAGACUGGCAUCAUUACUGCGAAAAAUAAAUAAGUGAUGCUUUUAAUCAGCAUUUUAUCUGGGCAGGCUUUUUAUUUUAAAGAACCUGUGGUUUAGCUGACCCUGGUCAGUCAAUCGACUGCUCUUCCCUAUCCCAGUCUCUAUUUGGGCUCGAUGGAAGUUUUGUCAUAUUCUAGUGAGUCUUUGUUUUCAUUUCAACAACUUUCUACUUGUGAUGUGUUAGAUGCCUUGUGCAAAAUUGAUGUAAAAAAAAUCUACUGGGGCUAAUUUGCUUGAUCCUUUCUUGCUGCAGAUUUAUGCUCCUCUGAUUGUAGAAUCUUUAACACAUAUUUUUUACCUUACAAUAAUUUCUGGUACCAUCCCCAGGGUCUGGAAGGUGGCCCAUAUACUCCCACUUCACAAAGGUGGUGACACGUGUGACCUAAAAAAUGUGAAUACUUAGUAAAUUCUCAACUUAGAUCCCUUUAAACUACAAAAUGUAUUAUAAAUGUACACCAGACCAGCUCAUAGCACCAUCUCUGCUACUUCUUUGGUAUUACAUUUUGUUUGGAUAAGAAGAAGCAGAGUGUGGCCCUUUUUUAUUGACCUGCCUUAAGCCUUUGACACUGUGGAUCAGCCAUUACUUAUUCAGAUGCUUUCAUCAGUUGCCCUGGACCAGGCUGAGUGUAGCUGGUAUGAACAUUUUUUAAAGGACAGACCGCAGUGUGUAUUUACUGAUGGUUUUCUGGACAUAGCAAAGGGUGUCCUACAGGGAUCUAUUCUUUGUCCAGUUCUUUUAACAAUAUUGGUUUAUCUGUAAAAUAAAAUGGUUAAACUUUUACCUGUAUGCAGAUAACACUGUGGUGUAUGCUAUUGCCCCAAUAGCUGACCAGGCUCUGCCAGAGCUUUACUYUGCCUAUAUUGUCCUGCAGAACGCCUUUGUUGAACUAAAAUUGCUACUUAAUACAGGUAAAACCAAGUAUUUGUUAUUUUCCAAAUCACAUAAAAAUGUAUGUGACGAUUUAUACAUACGUGCUUGGAUGGUGCCCUCAUUGAUCGUGUCCACACGUAUAAAUAUCUGGGCAGCUGGAAUGACGAGAAGCUAUCUUUCAAAAAGCAUGUCGACGAGUUAGUUAAGAAAUGAAGAAUUCAAAUAGACUUCUUCUACAGGAACAGGUUGUUGUCUUUCGUUAAACGGCAGAAAACAAAUCCUUCAGUCAACAUUCAUUCUUGUUAUUGACUAUGGCAAUACCGUCUAUAUGAAUGCAGCUGCCAUUGUAUUGCAGCCAUUGGAUGCAGUUUAUCAUAGCGCAUUGCGCUUUAUUACGGGCGAUACGUUAAGUACACAUCAUUGCAUUUUGUAUCAGAAAUUAGGCUGGCCCUCUUUGAAGUCUCGUAGAUGUACGCAUUGCACCAUUUUUGUUUAUAAAGCCCUCUUGCAUAAGCUUCCGCCAUACCUUACCUCAUYAUYAACCUUCAGACGUAUAAGUUACCAGACCCAGACUCAGGGAUGGCUAACCCUGGAGAUUCCUUCAAUCUCCACCGAGUUAGGUAAAUCUGCUUUUAGUUUUUCUGCACCUCUUCUGGAACGAUUUCCAAAACUUCUUAAAGUUGGUUGAGUUGGUCUCUAUAGGGCAAUCCAGUGUAAUGUGUGUG